AUGCUCUCGGUGAAAUUUGCAUUCUUGAUGCUCGCUAUGAGCACCUUUGGAUUGGCCUUGCCUAUUCAUUUCGUGACGAACACCAGAAUCGUUGCCACUACUGUCUAUGUUGGUGAGCAAGCGUCUUCAACUUCCACUUCGAAGUCCAAUGUCAAUGUGGUCACCGUUACAAGGGUUGUUGACCAGAACGGGCAGCUUUUGCCUAGCCAAGCCACUGGGGUUUCUUCGUCUUCUUUCUUGAUUCCUGCAGUCACAUUCGAGAAGCCAACCACUUCGAGCACCGUCUCAUCCAGCUCCACUUCUUCUGCUUCCUCUACCGCUCAAGUUGUGGAGAUUGUGAUCACACCUUCGAGUUCGAGUGAAUCAUCUACGCUUCCAACAACUUCGUCCUCUUCGACUAAGACUGUUCCUACCACUUCCUCGUCCUCGUCCACUUCGACGGCUGCAGCUACCACUACAGCUGCCUCUGACGACUUCGCUACCGAGAUUCUGAACCAACACAACAAGUACAGAGCUCUGCAUGGAGUGGAUGAUCUGAGCUGGGACUCUACUCUGGCCUCAUACGCUCAGAAUUAUGCUGACGAAUUCGACUGUGGAUCUCUCGUCCAUUCCGGUGGACCAUACGGUGAGAACCUCGCCCUGGGUUACUCCACGACUGGUGCCGUUGAUGCUUGGUACUCCGAGGGUGACAACUAUGACUAUUCUGCUGCAUCUGUGUUGGACCACUUCACUCAAGUGAUCUGGAAGGACACCACCAAGUUGGGUUGUGCCAGCAAGUACUGCAACAGCUACUGGGGAACGUAUAUCGUGUGUGAAUACGACCCAGCUGGAAAUGUUGUGGGUGAGGCAAACUCUGAGGUUUUGCCCCUAGCGUAG